GGGGGGGGAAGAGAAAGGAAUCCUUUAUGUGCCUCUGAUUCAAUGAGAUCAGCCAGUACUGCGCGGAGUCAUGCAUUGGACACCACUAUAGUUUAAAAGCCUGGUUUUGAUUUUUUUUAAAGAGUUUUCAGGAAGUCUGGGGGAGGGGCAAUGCAGUUUUUUUGUUAAACUGGGCCCCUUUGUCGAGAUGGAACAAGAGGAAAGAUCUAUCUGCUUGUGGUGCAUACACACAUCAGUCAUUCUCAGGGAAACUUCCCAUCGCCUGUAAAAGGCACUGGGCCACCGCAGUACUUGGAGAGGGGGUGGGGGGCCAGCUGAGAAUGGAGCUGCUAGUGCUGCUCAAUGCCCUGGUUACACGGCUGCUCUUUGUUCUACACUCUCUGAUCGGGGUUUGGAGGGUGACUGAAGUGAAGAAGGAACCCAAAUACUGGCUGCUGGCAUUGCUCAACCUCCUCCUGUGCCUGGAAACUGGGCUCACCCUCAAGUUUAAGCAAGGCAAAGGCUACAAAUGGUUUUCUCCAGCAAUAUUUUUAUAUCUGAUUAGCACAGUACCAUCAUUAUGGCUACUAGAAACUCAUCGUGAAACUCAGUUUUCCAGUGAUGAAACUGAACAAACAUGGGGAAAUAUCAACAACAGAGAAGACUUCAAUCAAUUAACAGAGAGCACUCCCAAAAAUGAGGGAACAAAUCAUCACAUAAUUGAGUUGGCUAGAGAUUUGGUCUCCCAGCUCUCCACAGUGGGUGAGACUGCAUGGACACUAGGACUCCACCAGACUUUUCUGCUGCUACUAAUAAUAGGGAGAUGGCUUCUUCCCAUUGGUGGUGAAAUCACUCGUGAUCAGUUGUCACAGCUGCUACUUAUGUUUGUGGGAACUGCAGCAGACAUACUUGAAUUCACUAGCGAGACUUUGGAAGUAGAAAAUGUAAGGCAUAACCAUGCUCUUGUUUAUGCAAUUCUUUGUGUAUGGACUUGGAGUAUGUUGCAGUUUCCACUUGAUCUGGCAGGUUAGUAUCAGCAAAACACCUUUUUCAGAGAUGAGCAUGUCUCAGGGCUGUGCACACUUACAGCACUCUGUGAAUGAAAAUAAAUACCCCCGCCAAAGACUAUGCUGAGGGCUUUUGGACAGCAAUUCACAUCACAGAGACAAUGAUGCGUUAUUCGAAGGAAGCUCAGCGUCAGCAUAGCAAAAUAAGCAUGCUUUCUUUUGAAGGAAGACUUAUUUCAAGCUGAACUGUGAUCUCUUUAAUAUACACUGUUUGUUUCCAGGCAAACUGGAAUUACUGCUGACAUGUGUCAAAUAGGACCACCUGCUGUGAUUGGGUCAUUAUAAUGGAAAAAUUGACAGAACCUUAACUAUAAACCCUGGGGCUAGAGCCACUCUUGGAACUAGGCCGGCUCCCACUGGGAUAAACGAUAGCAAAGAGCCCCUGAGUUGGGAUGUCUCUCCUUAACAUGAGGCCAGCCUAGCCCAUAAAGUGGAUAUGGCUGGCUGAAAAAAGGGUGUGGCCAGAUACUCCCCCACUCAGUAGCUUUGGUCCAUAGAGCUUCUCUGGAGACCAUAAAAGUAUUAAACUGCUCAUCCUUGGCUUCAAGUAUCAGAGGGGUAGCCGUGUUAGUCUG